UAGUAGGCAAUGGUCGGUUGGUCAUAUGUUCACUAUAGCUGCCUAAACAAACUCAUCUCUCAUACAUCUCUUCUUCAUCCCUUUCAAUCCAAGUCUAUCUCUUUAUUUUCUACUCAAAAACUCCUGCAAUAUUCUCUCUUUUUUUCUGAUGAGGAAACUUUGUCCAAAUUUUGAUCGAGAAGAUGGGCUGGAGACUGUCCUGGAGGUUCCAAUCCCAGAGGAGAUGUUUGGUUCGAACAAGAAUGGUAAUAAGUCAUGGCAGAACUUGAAAGCUUGGAUGAGACCAAACACUGAUCAUAAGUCUCUGACAAAUCUAUUUGGAAGCAAGAACACAGAGAUCCAACUCUUGCUUGGUGUUGUCGGAGCUCCUUUGAUUCCUUUUCCCAUCUGUUGUGAUCACAAGUUCAUCAACCGUAACAUCAAAGACCAACCUAUUGAGGCAUCAAUGGCGAAAUACAUAGUGCAGCAGUAUGUUGCAGCAGUGGGAGGAGAGAAGGCGUUGAAUUCUGUAGACAGCAUGUGCGCAAUGGGGAAGGUGAAAAUGGGAGCUUCAGAGUUCUGCACAGGAGAAGGGAGCUUGAAUAAUAAGGUGGUGAAAGUGAAGAAUUUGAUGAAUGGAGGUGGAGAGAUGGGAGGAUUUGUUCUCUGGCAAAAAAGGCCAGACUUGUGGUGCCUGGAGCUGGUGGUUUCAGGCUGCAAGAUCAGUGCAGGCAGUGAUGGCAAGGUGGCUUGGAGGCAGACCCCAUGGCACCAUUCCCAUGCUUCCAGAGGUCCACCUAGGCCACUCAGGCGGUUCCUUCAGGGUCUUGAUCCCAAAUCCACUGCCAACUUAUUCUCCAACUCCAUUUGCAUCGGCGAGAAGUCGAUCGACGACGAGGACUGUUUCGUACUAAAGCUAGAAGCAGAACCUUCAUCACUAAGAGCAAGAAGCACAAGCAAUGUAGAAAUGAUAAGGCACACAGUCUGGGGAUACUUCAGUCAAAAAACAGGCCUAUUAGUCCAACUAGAAGACUCUCACCUUAUAAGAAUCAAAGCCUCAGGAAACGACAGCAUUUUCUGGGAAACGACAAUGGAGUCCAGAAUUCAAGAUUAUAGAACCACUGAUGGGAUCAACAUAGCACAUGGAGGUAGAACAUCAGUUUCAUUGUUUAGAUUUGGUGAGAACUCAGAGAGACAUUCAAGAACAAGAAUGGAAGAGAUCUGGGCUAUAGAAGAAGUGGAUUUUAACAUAAAAGGAUUGUCGAUGGAUUGCUUUUUGCCACCUAGUGACUUGAAGAAAGAGGGAGAAGAAGCAUAUGGAGUUGUGGCUUGCAGCAAUGAAAAAUUGCCAUUGAAGUUAAGAUCAGCUUCUGCUAGGAUUUGUGCUUCUAAGGUGGUGGCUAUUGAUGUUGAUUACUUGGAGAACAGUACAGAAACCAGUACUGAAGAUGAGGAUGAUGAGGAUUACUAUUGAAGAGUUUGUAAAUUUGGUUUCAUUUUGUACAUAUUCCAAGAGAAUUUCAUAUGCUUCGGUUGCGUAUGAGUUUUCUAAGCUGAGUUAGAUAUAUAGACAUGUUUAGCUCAAAUUUUUAGAAAUAAAGUCCUAGUGCUUUUUUUUUAAAUUAUCACAUAAUAAGGUUUGAAUCUGCGGUUAAUCUAAUCCUGUAUUGUUCUGUGCUCUAUAUGAUUUGAACCUGCCAUUAAUCUAGUCCUGUAUUGCUCUGUGUCUAACUAUAAAGAAAUUUUAUAAUACAAGCCGGAUCAUGGCUUUUACAUAUUCACAUGAUCAGGCAGGGGAGGAGUGAUGGGCAGAAGCAUGCACUCAGCAGAAACCCAAAUAUGCAAUCUGCACAAGGAAGGGGUCAGAACAGGUAGAAGUAUAUUCUCGAAGGACGAAAAUCUCAUCGCUGGAGCAGGACAGAAAUUAGUUAUAGCAGGUGGCAAGGAGCAUGUGAUUAGUGUACCUUCAAAUUAUAAAUAGCAGAAAUAACAGGGGGAGAACAGACAAAGUUUCUUUAUUCUUGUUUAGGAACAGAUAUUCUCUGUUUGGGACAGGGAAAUGAGAGCAUAUUUCCUUGUAACCAGUCAUUGAAAUUUCUGAAAUAUAUACCUUAUUUGGAGUUCA